AUGGCGAACAAAUUAGGGGAAAUCCAGGCGUUGCGAGCUUUAGCGAUUUUCUAUGUCUUCUUGUAUCACUUGAACGAGAAAUGGGUGCCGUUUGGGUUCUUGGGAGUCGAUAUGUUUUUUGUUAUUUCUGGUUAUUUAAUGGCAAAAAUUUUCUAUGAAAAGCGAACAACAUGCAAAAAUUCGAUCACUUUUUUUGAGAGGCGAUUCAAAAGAAUUAUGCCUUGUUAUGGAUUAAUGAUCUUGUGCGUGGUGCUGAUUGGUCGUUUAUGUUUGACAAAGAUCGAUCGCGAGAAUCUCUUUAUCGAUGCCGUCUAUUCUCUAUCGAUCGUCUCAAAUAUGCAAUCGCUUUUCACAACGGCUGACUAUUUUGAAUUGAUCUCUGAGUACAAAUUCCUGACUCAUUCAUGGUCUCUCUCAGCCGAGAUGCAAUUUUAUAUGUUCGUUCCAUUGUUAUUCUGGGUUUUGCAAUCGAUUUCCAAUCAAAAUAAAUGCUUUCUCCUUGGCACAAUGGCCGUCGUGUCAGCGCUAUCUGAAAUGGCUCUGCCAACUUCAGUCGGCUUCGAAGUUGUCACCAUUUUAUCCACUUAUCCUCUUCAAUACGUUGGCGACAUUUCGUACGUCGUUUAUCUCGUUCAUUGGCCGGUGAUCGCUUUCUAUCGGAAUCUUUGGCUUUUGGAAGAAUUUGAGUGGAGUGACUACGCAAAGCUGAUCCUUGUCAUCUCUUCACUCUCCAUUGCCAUUCAUCAUUUCGUCGAGCAAUUCUUUCUCACCAGUGACUCGAAAGUGUGUCUCUAUUUCACGAUACUCUGCUACACUCUUUCAUUUCUGUGCAUAGCUUUGCCAGUGUCGAACUCAUUUGAAAUGGACAUUGAUGGGCAACGGUCAAAUGACACAAUUUGUGCGGCUCUUCGAAUCUACCCAAAGCCGGCUUCUUUUGAGCAUUAUCAUCACGAUGGGGAAUUCAGAGAGUCUUAUGGAGAGCUAAAAGGAAACGGUACAUUCGAUGUGAUGGUGAUCGGGAAUUCGUAUCUGAAAUCCUAUCAAGCUUACGCGGAAAAGCCAUUCCGAAACAGAUACAACAAAUUUUAUAUGAUGGCUAGAGGAAUGUGCACUCCGUUUGUCAACUACGAAGCGCUGAAGUUGACUCAUGAUUUCCGAACUUUGGCUGAGGGAUGCGAAGAAUACAAUGAGCAUCUCUUCAAAACGAUCGAAAAGAUUCAGCCGAAGAUUUUGUUGAUGAUCAUGGGAAAAUCAGUUGAUAUUCUGUUGCUCACAAUGCCGAUGUACUAUUUGAGUAAUUCCUUGGCUCACAAAUACAAUCGAAUCGUGGAAAGUGGGAAGAGGUUUCCAGAAAGGAACGACACAAUGUAUGCUUAUCAGGACUACAUCACUCAAAUGAAGCCAAUGCUGAGUUUUUUGGAGGAAUUAGCAAAAGAGAUCCCGAAUUUGUAUCUAGUUGAUGUUCAAGCGCCAUUUUGUAGAGAUGGCUUAACUUGUGAUGUUUACGACUACGAAUGCGGUGAGUUUUUCUUCGAUUGGGGCGGCCGACAUCCGACGACUUUUGCGAGGAAUAUUGUUGAGUCAUCUCUUCGAAUUCGGCUCGAUCAAGUCUACAAUUUAUUGGACGAAAAA